AUGCAUUCAUUGAGAUGGUUUUUAUCAUUCUUAUUAUUUGGUACUUUCACAGAAUUUGCUUUAUCAUGUUUUCCAAAAAUCAAUGACAAUUAUAUUUCAAUAAGCCACUCCAUUUCUCCAAAUUGGCGAGUUAAUGUUGUCAUGGGUUUUCUUUAUCCAGGCACAAAGAUUAUUACUUUUAAUUCUGGUAAUAUUCCAGCUUCCAAUGAAGUUUUCGUGUUGACUCAAUCGAACCCUGGCAUUUAUGAGAUCCUGCCAUUUUGGGAUUUUAACCAAAAUACUGUCAUUGAAAUUCCAUCCGGAAGUAAAAUAGUUGGUGACAUUGCCCAAAUUAAUACUAUCAUUAACAACAACAAUAAUAGGGAUAACCAAAAAUUUUACAUCGAAUGUGAUGUCUGUGAUAUUCAGACAAGUUCCACGGAGGACUGGAACGUAUUCUCUAAUCUUUGUAUGAAGGGUGCUGUCUCUUUCGCCAAUGUGACUCAAGAUGAUUGUGCAAAUGCACAAAUAUGGAAUAUUUUAGG